CAAAAAGAAAAAGAAAAAUUCUCACAUGGAGAUGGGCUGCCCCCCUAUCAUUAGAGUCUCGAGCGACUCAUCUGAGCCAUCUUCUGAGUCGACGACGCUUCACCCGAAGAAGACAACACAAAGACCGCUAGCACCACGAGAAUACGCCGAAGCUAUACUCUUUCAUUCCAAACAAACUAUUCAAGACACGGUUUACCCUGGAGACAUCUUCGAAGAUCUGGGACUCUAUCUGAAAAAUGGAAUGCAAAACGGUGACUCAUUGUGCAACACCCAGGGGACCUUGCACACCAUCGAUAAGCUUGGGGGACAUAGUCUUGAUGUCUACUCUAGUCCCUCGCAAUGUGCUGGAAAGCUAGAAGAGGGUAAAAACUCGAUGAAAUGCCAUAUUCUCUUCCUGCACGGAUACCCUUCCCCACAAUGGAUCAGCACAGUCGGCGCUUUCUGUCGCACUGACCCUCAAUUCUUCCAUACGCAUCUGCGAUUUCGAUGUCGGAGGGACUAUUACUCAACUCCGACCUUACGUUCGGGUCUAGAAAACAUCAUAACCCUCCGAUUCGUCACACUAGGAUCGAGAGAAGAGAGGUCUGGCGAAUUUGAUCAAGGCCGAGUCGACGCAUUGAGGCUGGAUAGUGAGAGGAACAUGACCAGAUACAAGCAUGAUCUUAUGCUAGGCAGCAGAUUUCAAGCCGGAGAUUCUAUAGUUAGAUCCUUUUCGGUUCUCGAUGAGAAGAACUUCUUUAUUGAACAGGAAAUGUCCAUAUGUCUCCAUAAACACGACGAAGGCUGGAUAAUAUUGGUAGCUACUGAUAGCGGCAGAGAUCUUUCAAGAGGGCCACAGGGCCCUUGGCUACCACAAGAAGAUGGUCGUUCAUACUUACCAUGGACUAUUUUUGCUCCAACUAUACAGCACAACUCUAGAAUCUGGACGAAAUCCUAUCUAGCAAAACCUACGACUUCUAACAAGUCCCAGGAAAAAUUUCCACAAAGCGCCCAAUUAUUAGCGCUAUAUUGCGGUGAGACUCUGGACACACCGACAAUGGUUCUUGAUCCGUUUUAUGCCAUCACUGAUCUCUUCCAAUUCUGCGCAUUCUCGGAGAUCCAAUUCAUGAAUGUGAUAGAAGCUAAGAUCGAGGGGGACACAGACUAUAAUUCUCUGAUGAAAGAGAACCCAACAUUGUCGAAUCUUUUGUAUUGUCGAGAAAUUGUUCAAAAGCACUUGACUCACCUCCAAGAGAUAGUGAAGAUUAUCAAGUGCUCAGGUGGCCACCUGUGGCCACACGUUGGAAAAGACCAUCUGCACCAAUACCAAAAGGCACUCAGAGCCAAGGAAAGCUUGUUGGAGGAUUAUGAGCAGCUAGUUGAGAGAGCAGAAGUCAUCAUCAAGCGCUGCUCGAAGGGUAUGAAUGUCAUCAUGAACAAUGUUAUGCUGGCCGAGGCCAAAAGAGCUAUGGUGCAAGCACGAUCAGUUGCGAAGUUGACCUUGAUUGCCUUCUUCUACAUUCCUCUAUCGUUCACAUGUGCUUUUUUCAGUAUGAACAUUGCAGGGUUUGAGCAGGAAAUUGGUCGGAUUUGGCUUUGGUUCGCUGUGUCUGUGCCUGUGCUCCUGCUCUCAAUUUCAUCCCUCGUUCUGGAUCGUCGGAAGUUGACGACAAUGUGGUUGUCAAUAAAGAGACGUUGGGAGUAG